AUGGCCACCAGCAGCAACCUGCGCUACCAGAUCGUGGCCGGCGUCAUCGAGGAGCGGGGCAUCGAGACCAUCUUCAAGGGCCAAUACCAGCUGUGCGCCGCCCUCUCCUUUGUCAUCCGCACCGCCAACACGUUCGUCGGGUCCCUCUUGUGGGUCGACUUUGUGCGGCUGCUCGGCAUGCAGACGGCAAAGGCGGAGGCCGCCGCGCCGGCCCCCGUGGCGGUCAAGGGGAAGAAGGGCAAGAAGAAGUGA